AUGGAUGAGAUAGCUCCCCGCUAUAGCCUCGGUCUCAUGAAUGUUCGCCUUUUCAAGUUUAAUAUUUGCAAUACAUUCUGUGGCGGGUGGUUCUCCCACCGAGUUCCGCCUGAUGUUCAAGUUAAAAUCGAUAAGACAACUGUGAAUGAACAUGAAUUCGUGCAGUUUGAAUGUGCUACCAGCGUCGGCCACCAAUCAGAGAUUAUUUCGCGGUACCAGUGGCUUUGGAUGAAGAGCGGCUCCACUGCGGAACAGGUUAUCCAAGACGCCGAGACCAGCACGCAGAAUGGGAAGCUUUUCGAGUUCGUGCGCAUACCAUACGAUAGGAGUGGGACUUACACUUGUAAGGCUUGGAAUCUUGGUGGGAUGGGACAGGCAUCGGCAGUCCUGACUGUGCAUUUUUCUCCUAGAAUAGACCCAGAGGCCAACAUGACGUAUGACGUGGUGGGUGAGAUAGGCAAAGAGGCAUCGUUUGAACUGUUCAUCAUCGCCAACCCGACUCCGGCAACAACUGGUUACGUCUGGUCCAAAGAUGACAACAUCCUUUCGAACUCAUCGUCCGAAUAUGAAAUCAUUUCCGGGCCGACGUCGAGCAAGUUGGCCAUCGAACACGUCAAAUCCUCCGAUUAUGGGAACUAUACGUGCCCUGUGAAAACGAGCGGAUUUCAAACGAAGGUUUUCAAAUUUAAGCUUCUGAAACCAGUUCCGCCUGAUGUUCAAGUCAAAAUCAGUAAGACAACUGUGAAUGAACAUGAAUUCGUGCGGUUUGAAUGUGCUACCAGCGGAGGCUACCCGGAUCACAUCGAGCGGUACCAGUGGCUCUGGAAGAAGAGCGGCUCCACUGCGGAACAGGUUAUCCAAGACUCCGAGACCAGCACGCAGAAUGGGAAGCUUUUCGAGUUCGUGCGCAUACCAUACGAUAGGAGUGGGACGUACUCUUGUAAGGCUUGGAAUCUUGGUGGGAUGGGACAGACAUCGGCAGUCCUGACUGUGCAUUUUUCUCCUAGAAUAGACCCAGAGGCCAGCUCGACGUAUGACGUGGUGGGUAAGAUAGGCAAGGAGGCAUCGUUUGAACUGUUCAUCAUCGCCAACCCGACUCCGGCAACAACUGGUUACGUCUGGUCCAAAGAUGACAACAUCCUUUCGAACUCAUCGUCCGAAUAUGAAAUCAUAUCCGGCCCGACGUCGAGCAAGUUGGCCAUCGAACACGUCAAAUCCUCCCAUUAUGGGAACUAUACGUGUUCUGUGAAAACGAGCGGAUUUCAAGCGAAGGUUUUCAAAUUUAAGCUUUUCAAACCAGGUCCACCUUCUGCACCCAGCAAACUCGAAGUUGUCAAUUCAACUGCCGUAGCAGCGACGCUCAAAUGGAUCUCAGAAAUCAAUGGCGGGUCGGAGCAGAGAUUUUACGUCCAAUACAAGAAGUUUGCCGACAACUGGGACGUUGCCCCGGAGGUUCCUCAAGGAGGAAUGACUGAUCCAGGUCUCAAGAGAGCCGUGUAUCAUAAGAUUAUGGGUCUUGAGUCGGAUGUCGGGUAUAUGUUUCGAGUGCGCAGCAGGAACUCCCACACGGGGACUCACACCAGUAACUUUAGCAACGUGGCUUCUGGGGAAACACCAGAGAAACCCAAAACGUCCCUUAAAGGUGUGAAUCGAAUAGGUAAAAAAGUAACCGUGGGCUGGGAACGAGUGACUGGAAAAUAUACAGGGCUGAAGAUCAAAUACUGCCAGACCGGCACGGUCGACUGCAUGACUCACACCGUGCCUAAACAAGAGGAUACAUAUGUAACAUUUGUUGUUGAUCCCGAUAAGUCAUAUUAUUAUUAUAUGGUGGUCGAAGAUGGUGGUGAUGUUGUAUACAGAAGCAGGGUCUUCAAUGACGAGGUUGAUGACAAGACAAGCAUAGCAGCUGUAGGCGGUCUUGUUGGAGCCGGCAUUGUAGCGAUAACAGGCGUCGUUCUGGCUGUUAUUUUAUGGAAACGUGGUCUGCUGCGAUGGAGGAAGAGGCAGUGUCAUCGACCGGCAAAUGACAACGCUGAUUACGAUGAUACCAGGGUUGAAUUCACAGCAGACGGAAAACCUCAGGUACACAUCUACGCCAAAAUUGAGACAGAUCACGUAAAUGAUGUGUUUGACCGUGAACACUGGCAUGGACAGAAACCCCCACAGCCAUUGCCUACGGGGCACCGCGUUCCGGUUCACGGAGCCCAUAGGAAUGAGCCUGCGGAGUCCGACGAUGACGUAGACGCUGACGUGGGUGCAUACGAUUACGCGACAUGGCAGCAGGGUGUUCCAGGUCAACGCCUAGUUCCUGCACCUCAGCAGAAUCAAACGGAGUGUGGCUCCUCAGACGAUGAGUCUGGGGAGUAUAUCUUAAGUGAUCCGAUAAGCGACCAGGAGGGACAGGAGCCUGAAGGUACAUACAAUGACCUACCAAUCUUCGUAACAGACGCACAGAAAGAGCUAAGAAUCCACAAGGACGCGCAGCCUGAUCAAAGUACAGCAGAGAGCAGUUCAAGACAAGGUAUUGGGUCCAAUGAGCGGACUCCAAGUCGCUCGAAUGGCGCCCAAGAGAUGGUUACAAGUCGUUCGAACGACAAUAUGGGAAACGAGCAAGGGUCACUAUACGCGCAUUUAGAUCCAGCAGCGCCAGUACCGCAUGGAGAGUACUUGGACUUCAGACAACUAAGUUCGGAAUAAUAGGUAUCAACAUCCCAAUAGGUGGCGCUGAUUAUAACUUUUGUGUGCGUCUAACAGACAACAUUCUCAUCUCUGCCACACCAACGAAAUACCCUAGUGACAGUCAGAGUCACGUCGCGGCGGCCAUGGCUGGUACCCUAUCAAGACCGAUCAGAAAACUCUUAAAGGGACACCUCUGUCGAGGUGUUUGUAUGUGCUUGUGACAAAACCGACGUACAGGUGGCGCCUGUGUAUAACAUGAUACAUUGUAUUGUUAACGUAGUCUGUAGGGAAGGUUGUGACCGUCGUUUACGUCACGCCGGUUUUCAUUGGUACAGGACUCCGUCAAGGCCACAACAUUCCGCCCUACAUUUAUAAUCUCUUUCUCACGGAUUUAAUCCCUUUCUUCUAUAAGUACAUUUUCCUUGAUGAACAGAUGACGGGUGAACUAAAUACUUAUAUUAUGAUUGCAGCAAAAACGUCCUUAACUCUUUUCGAAUGAGUGAUUUUGUAAUAUAUUUCGUUCAUUUUAACACAGUAUAGUCAUAAUUGUAGUCGAGAGUCCUGACGUAAGCGACGGUCACCACCACUUCGGUCCUAUCAGUUGUAGUUAUUAAAUAUAUCCAUAGUCUGCCUUAUAUAUACACCCGGGAAGAGUC